GUGAACCCGGAUGACUACCGGAAGAUUUCUUGUUGUUCCACCGCCAAGGGGAUCAAGUCCGAGAAGCUAAAAUCGAUUUUCUAACCCAUGAAUAUGAAUUGUUUCGUAUGAAGGAGAAUGAGAAAAUCGAUGAGAUGUUUGAACGAUUCUCAAAAAUUGUCAACAACCUUCAUGCUCUCAAGAAGACGUACACGGACAAGGAGCUCGUGAGAAAAAUCCUACGAAGUCUCACACCGGAAUGGCGCUCCAAAGCCGAUGCUAUCCAAGAGUCCAUUGGCAUCACCAACGUCACCAUCGACGGGCUUAGAGGUAACCUCAAAACCUAUAAGUCUACCAUCCUUUUUCCCUCUUUAGGUGAACAAAAGAAGAAGGGGAUUGCACUCAAGGCUUCCACAAGCCAAGAACCCGCCAUGGAGGAAUCAAGCGAUGAAGACAACGAGUUCGGGCUCGUUAUCAAGAAAUUCCACAAGUUCAUGCAAAAGGAGCAUGAACGAAAGGGAAAGAAACAUGGAGGACCACCCAAAUGCUAUUGGUGUGGAGAAAUUGGGCAUAUCAAGCCAAAAUGUCCAAAUGCCAAAAACGAGAAGGAGAAGAAACCAUUCAAGAAGCACCGAGCUUACAUCUCGUGGGGAGGUGAUUCCGGCGACGAAUCAUCGGAAGGCGAAGAACCACCGGAACAGAUGAAUCUCCUUCCGACUUUGCCAAAUGUCUCAUGAGUAAGGAGGACGAUAUGUGGCUAUGGCAUCGUAGAGUAGCUCAUGUCAACAUGAACCUCUUGAAUAAAUUGGUUUCACAAGA